UGGUAGGCAAGCAGGCCAGGCUCCCACGCUCACUCAACAAACAAACAAGGGAAAAAGAAAAGCUCUAAUUUAGGUCUCUCUUUGCAAUUCUUGACCCUUUGAAAAAUUCAGGUCAACCUUCAACAUUCUUCAUAUUUCCGACUUCUAACUCACUUUCCACCUCUGUCACAAAAUGGAUGAUUACUAUAAAAGGAGCCAUGUUCCAGCCUUUGGUAGCUGGGAUUGGAACAACGACCUCCCUUUCACUCAGUGUUUUGAAACAGCUCGACCAACUGGGAUGCUUCGUUACAGCUACUCCGAGGAUCGUGACUUGUACGUCGCCGGUGAUCUUUAUGAGAACGAUGUUGUUACCCCUGCCAUGAUUGUUGUUCCUCGCAGAAGGAACAAAGUAGGGCAGACGCAUAGUAAAGAGGGCAAAAACCAAAGGCGGGAAGUGAGUGACGGGAAGGAAGCUCCUGAGCCAAGGCCAAGGCCAAGGCGCAAGCCUGUUGAUGAAGACCUCUACAAAAUCUCCCCUGACCUCCUUUACGCAAAACCCAAAAAGAAGAGAGGGUUAAGCUUCUUCUCAAGCUGCCUACUGCCAACCUGCGUAUCGUGAAUCUUCUGCCAUUGCCCAUUGACAAGUGCAUGCAGCAUGUUUUUUUUAUAUAUAUAUAUAUUGUGUAAAUAUUAUAGUUUAAAGGAGUUGAAGAAGAGUCAAGGGAUGAAGCAUGGGAUUUGUACUGUUUACCCUUCCCCUUUGUAUAUUAAGGGGAUUAUUGGGUUGAGGAGAGAAUUAAUAUAGUGAUUAUCAAGUAGAACAAAGGGGUUUUUUUCUCUUUUUUUUUUUUUUUUUGGUAAAAACCAUUUUUUUCUUGGUAAGGUUAUCUUUUGAAAGAUCUUACAAUGAAAAUAGAAAAUCUUGGUUUACUUUUGGAACUUGGAAAUGGAAUGAAAGAGAAAAGGAAAGUAAAAUGAGUUGCAUUUUGCUCUUUUAGUUAUAAAAUGAGUAAAAUAAUCUCAAAAUUUUAUUCA